UUUUUUUAAAUAUAUAAAAUGUCACUUGGUUUGAUAUUAUAUUAUCAACUGUAAUGAUGUGGUUCCGAACCUGAAUGACUUUAUAUUUUGAGAAGUUUUCACCACAGUUGUGUAAAAAAAUUUAAUGCUGUUGUCUUCCCUUUGAGAAAUUUAUCUUAUAGGAAAAUAAGACAUUACGAGAAAGUUCCACAUUAUUAUGAGAUACGAAGUAGUUAUUACGAGAAAUAUAAAUAGUACAACAUUAACUCAUAAUAAUGAGAAAGUUUGUGUGGCGGAAACUUGUUUUCAUAAUCAAUUGUCACCAAACUAUUUACCUUCCAAAAUGAUUUUGUUUUCCGCAAAAGAAAUAAAGUCAUACAGUUCUGGGGCGACAUGUGAGUAUAUGAUAACAGAUUUUUUUUUUGGAUGAAAUAUCGCUUUAAGUGUCUACUUUUUGGCGUGCUGCAGUAGGUUGACGUACUGAGCAAACUCUCAAAUGAAGCAGUGCAGGUCAGUUUAAUGUGUGUCUAACGAGGAUGUCGUGAAUAACCUUUAGCCAAACGUCACCGUGGGAACCAGAGGGGUGGUUGUUCGCUGUAUCUACAGCCAAAUGUUUUCAACACUUCUCGACUCCUCUUUAACGAACAGGUGUUUUGUAAGAUGUCAUCAACAGCUUGCUGUCCAGAUCCAUGUAAUAAUGGAAAUCCCUUGACCUGGCUUCUUUGUCCAAGUAUUGAUCAUGUGUCCUCGGCAUUGCAAAUUCUUCUUGACCUUGCUCGGGAGGACAAAGGUGCAUUUGUUGAAAAGGUUCUUCAGCACUGCAACCCAGAAUUGUGCAUAGAUGUUCUACGAAAGCUGCUGAAGUCAUCUGCCUCAUGGCUGAGCAGUACUGCAGCUUGUAUAUUUGGGGUCUUGCUGGAGAAUGAAUUCUUGGUGCUGAAACUUCAGAAGGGGGCUGAAGAAGACAACAAUCUCAUAUGUGACCUUGCUCAGAUGCUGUCUGUAGAUGAAUCUGAUGUUGUGAUGAAUGCUGCUGGAGCCAUAGCAUCAUUGGUUGAAACUGCAUCAGGGCGAACGUGGUUCCUUCAGAACCAAAGUCUGUUCAAUGAGGCCCUUGAGAGAUUAUCUGUUCUUCUAGAGAAUGAGAGAGAGAAUACUGUUAACUCUGCUGCACUCGUUCUUGCACGACUGUCCCUGUGUGAAGAAACCUGUGAAAAGGUUUUAUCCUAUUCAUCUGCCUGUGAGACCUUCAGACGUUUGGCACAGUGCUUAUCAUGUAGCCACAAAGACACAGCCAUGAAUGCAGCAUUUGCUGUUGGUCGUCUAUGUGGGAGCAGACAGGCCAGGAUCCUUAUUCUAAGAGAGGCCAAAGAGCAUCAGCUGGUUAGCCGACUGCAGGCUCUGCUGUCGAGCGGGUCAGGAGUGGAGAUGGGCCAAACGGCGUGCUUUGCUCUGAGCUGUUUAGCAAAUGAUGAAGACGGCCAUGCUCUGCUGAUGGAAAGCACUUCCGUCCCUGCUUUGCUGGAUGGUCUUUUACAGCUGCUGCAGAGCCCAGAACCAGACAGUAUCUGGUUUGCUGCUAUGACAGUGCGAGUGCUGGUGUCCCGGCCGAGUGGAGUGGUUCCUGUCAGGAUGCAUUAUCCUCUGCUUGAGCAGCUAAAGUUGCUCUCUAUGUCGCCAUCCACUGGGCCAGAACUGCAGAAGGAGGUCAACAUGUGUCUCAGGAGACUGGAGUAUUUAUCCAAACCACCUCCAGUGAUGGUUACAAAUCUUACAUCAACGAGCUACACUGUAUCAUGGGAGAGGUGCGAGCCAGAGAGCGGCCUGGAGGUCAUAUACAGUCUCUUUGACAGAGAUGUAAUGCUGUACCAAGGCCUGUUGUGUCAGGUGACCUUACCUGUUUCUCCCCACCAAUCUAUGGAGCCCCUCUCCCUACUGCUCAACCUGUCUACACCUGAUGGUGACAUUAGUCCUUUCAGUGAACCUGUUGUUAUUACUCCUGAGCAACUGGGCUUUAGACUUAAACCUCCACGAGAGCUCUGUGUGAUUGGCUCUACAGCUACACAUGUACGCCUUUGCUGGAUAGAGCCAGAAGGAAGAGUCAAACCCAAAUCAUACCAGAUCUACUGUAAUGACACACUGGUGAAGACCACUACUCUACUGGGGGCUACAGUGAAUGGUUUAUCUCCUGCUACCUCCUAUAAACUAAGUGUGAGUUCACUCGGUCAAGGGGACGCAGAGAGUCCUAGAGCAGUAACUGAGGUGAGAACAGCAGACGAUCAGGAUCAUGCUCCUUCUGCUCUGACUGUAGUUGUCCUGGGACGGCACGAACUGCAGAUAAACUGGGGAGUUCCAGUUGCUCCUUUGGGGAGACUCUUCAAAUACGAGCUAAAUAUGAAUGGGUGUGUGGUGUACAUGGGUACAGAGAGGGCAUACACUGCUCGCCGCCUGUCUGCCAACACAGCAUACACCUGCACUGUGACAGCCAUUACCUCCAGAGGGCGCUGCCAGAGUAGUCCGGUCACAAAGAAGACAGCACGGGAUGAAUACCUGCACUCAAGCAGAUAUAUGCUUUCUCCUAUCCAUCAGACUGCUUCAAAACGCUCCACUCCUUCAAGUAUCCAAGUGAUGAGUGAGGUCAAAAAGAAUGACACAAAUUCACCAGCUACAUUAAAGUCUAAAGUCCACCCCACUAUGGUCCAACACAGAGCCACUGACCUUCGAAAAGACAGACAAAGGCAAUCAUCAGUCCAGAUACAUAGUCCAAAGGAAAUCCAAUCUUCCAGUUACACAUCUAAGAGUGACAGACCGGGUCCAGCUGUUGUGUUUCCUGUGAGCUCUACUGACCAUCUUACGGUUCCUAACGGAGAACAUUCCGAGUACAUAUUCCAGAUGCAGACCUUGUCAUCCAUUCCAGAGGACCUCACACACUUUAGGGCCAAGAUCAGCCCAGACUCAUGCAGUGGAGCUCAAACAGAAAAGUUCCAAUUGACAGAGAGAAACUCCCAUGCAUCAGCAAACAAAUCUAGGAUGUGAGACUGCUUCAGCCUGUCUUGUUUAGUUGGUCUAAUCUGGAAUGGACAAAACAACAUCAAAACAGAUCACAAAGGGACAGGAUUAAAACUGUUUUGAAGGUCCAAAGUCAGCAAAGAGGAAGACGAUACCAAGUACCAUCACAAACCAAACUCGCGUAACAAAUGGAGUAGCCUGCCUCUAAGACAUUUAAUAUGUUUCCUUCUCAAUAAAUAAAACAUAAUUGUU